UCAGGUGGCCCUGAGUCCACGCACACCUGUGACCAGGCACCAGGUCUUCAUGGACAGAGGGGCCCUGGGGAUCCUGGCCGGACCUCCAUGCCUGCUUAUGCCCCCAAGUAGGCCCGGAGCCCUCUCCUCCCGGCCCAGGAGUGACGGCACUGUCUGCCUGGGCUGCAGUGCUGAGCCCCAGGCACCUUGCUGCCAGCCAUGGACACCUGCUGGCGCUUCCUCCCCCAGGUCUGGCCGGGGGGGACGAAGUCCCAGAGGCCACAGUGUGCACCUGCAGCCUCCUUUUUCUUCUCACCUGGCCGGGCACACCCCUCCCCCUUGCUGCUGUUCCCAUGGGGAAGGGGCCGGGCACACACACGCUGAGCCAGGGACAAAGCACGGAGCAGCUGUGUGGGAACAGCAGGCAAGGGGCAGACUGGGGGCCUUGGGCCAGGUGUCCCAACAUCCUGUGCACCUGACCCCCAGUCCAGCCGCCCACCAGCACCAACCCCGCCUUGCAGAUAGGAAACCGAGGCCCAAGGGGACGCAAUGCAGUUGCUAGGUCCCAGGGGGUGGCAGCAGGGGGAGCUGGCAUGGGGUGGGCCUGGCCAGCUACCGGCCCUGUCUGAACAGGGCAGCCUGGCCCAGGGAAAGUCCACAGGGAGACGGGGGUCUCUAGCUUGCCCUUCCCCCUGGGGUCUGGGCAGCCAGUGCAGCUCUGAGCACAUCUCGGGGAGGGUCGGCCACAGCUGGGCAGGGCCCGGAAGCUGGACGCUGCCCACCACAUCCCGUGCAAGCCUCAUCAGCAAAGCGGCAUGGGCCACAUGUGGGGGCCCUCACUGGGGAGACAGGCAGGUGGGGCCCCCAAACGCAUCCUCUCGUUCAGCUACACAAGUGCCCCCAACACCGUCCUCCACAGCCAAAGCCAGGGGCUGCCAGGAGUCAGGGACCGGGGGUGGAGGGAGGGCCCCGGCACAGGCCCGUCCGCCCUUCCUGGAGGCUGCUGACCCCUGGCCUCGGGCCUGGCAGUCACCGUCCCUCGCCACGCCGACGCCCUGCCCUCGGUUCCAGCUCUCAGCAGUCAUCAGACCCAGGACAGCCCUGGGCAAGAUGGCCACAAUGGCUAGGGUCGGUCCAGGCCAAAGCCAGGAGCCUAGAACUCCAUCAGCGUCUCCCACAUGGGUGGCAGGGCCCCAAGCGCUUGCACCGCCCUCCGCUGCCUUCCCAGGCGGAUCAGCAGGGAGCUGGGUUGGAGUGGAGCAGCCGGGACUCCACCUGACACUCACAUGGGUUUUGGUGUCAGGCAGAGGCUUAACCCCCUGCACAGCGCCAGCCCCUCCAAAGUAUUCUUUUCAACCGAAUCUCGGCCUGGCUAAGCCCGCACGCCUGGAGAGGCGGUCUUUGCUCCACCACGGGGCUCACGUGGGAGCUGAAAGCAGGCAGACGACACAAGUACUCGCAGGAAGAGGCCGGAAACAGAAAAGAGAAGUUGGUGCCACCACGGAAUGCACUGAGUGCCGACAAACGGCUGACCGAAGUGGACCUGGCCGUGCAGGCACCAGAGCUGGACCGGAGGUUGCCGGGGCCCCAGGUGGGGCCGAACCCGAGCCCUCCUCACGGCUCUGCCAAGGGGCGGGGCACAGGUGCCGCAACAGCACUCUGUAACUCUAGACUCCUCUCCAGGAAGUUUCCAGAACCAGGUCCAAGUUUCUUCCCCUUUCUAUAGAAAGGUCAAUUCCUGUGUCAGACCACAGCCCUGCCCCCAGCCCUGCCAAGGGGACAGAGACCCACCCAUUCCUGCCUCCAGCUGCAGCAAGGAGCCCACCCGCCACGCACCGCCGGCCUGGCACUACAGGGACCCCUCCCCCGUCACACACAUCA